AUGAGGCAGAUAUUUGGAGUGGGGUUCCUCUUGGGGCUGAUGGCUCUCCCAGCGGCGCUGGGGCUGAGAAGCUCGGGAAACUCUACAAAUAGCAGCCAGCCUCAGAGCUUUGCCAUCGUCUCUUUCAAAUGGGAUCACGUCAAGGACCCUUAUGUCAUUACACUCUGGAUACUUGUGGCUAGCUUGGCCAAAAUCGUUUUCCACUUGUCUCACAAAGUCACUCGAGUGGUUCCAGAGAGUGCUCUGCUGAUCGUCCUUGGUCUCAUCCUUGGUGGCAUUGUAUGGGCAGCAGAUCACAUUGCUUCCUUCGCCCUUACACCAACCGUAUUUUUCUUCUACCUGCUGCCCCCCAUUGUUUUGGAUGCUGGAUAUUUCAUGCCAAAUAGACUGUUCUUUGGAAAUCUUGGCUCCAUCCUUUUGUAUGCUGUCAUUGGGACAAUCUGGAAUGCUGCCACAACCGGUUUAUCUCUCUAUGGUGUCUAUCAGACAGGAAUAAUGGGCCACCUGAACACCGGACUGCUGGACUUUCUCCUGUUUGGCAGCUUAAUUGCUGCCGUGGAUCCUGUAGCUGUUCUGGCAGUGUUCGAAGAAGUCCAUGUCAACGAAGUUCUGUUCAUCAUUGUUUUUGGAGAAUCACUUCUUAAUGAUGCUGUAACUGUGGUGCUGUACAAUGUGUUUGAAUCUUUUGUUACAAUUGGUCAAGAACAAGUGUCGGGGACUGAAUGUGUCAAAGGCAUAG